AUGUAUUCAGGAGCACUGAUGGAGCAUAUCCAUAGAAAGGAGAAACGUGCAUGGGAGUGUUCAGACAGCUCACCUUUCAAAUACCGGAAGUGCACCAGUGAAAGUAUUACUUGGUCUUCAGAUCUCUCUGAAGUGGGAGAGGGUGAAGAAAGUGUUUACAGGAUAGUAAGCUGCUCGACCCCUGAUCAGCUGAAUAUGAAACAGGAUGUAAACAUUGAAAGUCCCAUGCAGUCUAUUACAGUUCGUGUUUGUAAAGACAGUCCAUCUUUAGAAGGUUCUUCGUCUCGCACUUUUACGAGCACACCACUUGUCUGUAAAGAAAGAAUUUCAACUCAAAAUGCUAGGUCAUUGCUCAAAAAAGACUUGUUUCAAAAAAGCAGUUGCCAGCAGAGAAGCCCUGAUCAUUCGCUAGAAGAAUUUCAUGAGGAGAAGGUACAGGUAAAACAAGAGAACUCAACUCUCCAUGCUACAGUUAGAUGUGGACAAGCUGAAGAUAAGGAAACUACAGUUGAUAACGCGAGUAAAAGUCCAGCAAAAGCUAGAUUAUCUGAUGAAGGAUCUAAAGUUAUAUAUCUAAAAGCUUUGUAUGCAGCAGUUGGAAAAAAACCACAAGGAAAUGAGCACCAGGAAUUGAAUAAAUCAAAAAGAAGUGAAAAGGAUCCAUUAACUGUUCAUGUCACACAGUCUGGAAAUGAUAAUCAUAAGUGUUCACUAGUGUUACAUGAAGCAGAUGAUGAACAUGAUCAAGAGAAUACUUCUAUUAGAAGCAAAGAUGGACAAAUAAAGUCUAAACAAGGAAGCAGUGCCAAGUUUAUUAAGGAUACAAGUGGUCCUGGUAAUGGUGAACAAAAGCUGGCUUCUCGACUUGUUUUUAUUGAUGUUGAAGAUGAGAAGGAAGCAUGUAGAGAGAGAGACUGUUCCAAGCUGUUUGAUGAAGUUUCUGUUGGAAGUGACUGGUCUGAUGUUGAAGACACAAGACCACUAGCAAGAUUCUCCCAAGAAGAUUCUGUUUCAUCUGACAACCCAAUCAGUUCAGCAGUGCCUGCAUUUUCUUCUGAUGUGGUUACUUAUCCUCUGCAUCUGUACUGCAGUCCAUGGCAGGAUUAUUCUCAUGUCUUAAACAAUGGUCUCCAAACAGAUUCUGUGUGUUCUUCGUGGACCGUUCCUGAGUGCUGUGAAACACGUCUGUAUUCUCAGAAAAAUCCGGAACCUCACACUUGGAAUUCAGAUGACUUUAAUAAUAGCACUUUGAUUCAGCCCGACCAAGUUCCUGACAGCAGCACUUUGAAUGGCUCAGAAGUGGAUACCACAGUUUGUCAGCAAAAUUCAAGUUCAUUUUCACUAGACUCAUCUUGGUGCUGCUAUGAAGAGGAAAUCAGCAGACGAAAUUCUGAUGUUGGUCUGUAUUCUUACAGUUUGGUUUCCAAUAAAGCUGAAAAUAUUUAUGGCACUUACAGUGGAACUUCUGCUAAAAAGGGUGGCCCAUUUCCAUCAGAGUCCCGUGCGAAUGCCAGAUACAACUCUUUUUACAGUAACUGUUCAAAUUCUUACAAUUUUAGCCAUGAAGAUGAUUACAGUGCUUGUACUUGGAAUUCUUAUAAAACUUCCAGCUCCUUUAAUUCUCGUAGUAUGUUUGCAAUGCAUACUUCAAAUAAUUUCUUUACUGAAACAAGGCAGUGCACUAAUUUACCUAUUGAUCACACUGGAUUCAUUGAUACGCACUGCCAUCUGGAUAUGCUGUAUUCAAAACUCUCAUACCAGGGUACUUUUUCAAAAUUUCGAAGGAUUUAUGAUAGUACCUUUCCAGUAGACUUUCAAGGAUGUAUUGCUGAUUUCUGUGAUCCUCGCACAUUAUUAAGGAAUUCACUCUGGGAAGAUUUGCUGAAAGAAGACUACGUUUGGGGAGCAUUUGGUUGUCACCCACAUUUUGCACGCUACUAUACACCACUGCAAGAAAGAGCGAUUCUUCAAGCCAUGAAGCAUCCCAAAGCGAUUGCUUUUGGGGAAAUGGGAUUGGACUAUUCACAUAAAUGUUCAACUGUUGUUUCUAAGCAGCAGAAGGUGCUUGAAACACAGCUGCAGCUAGCAGUGUCACUGAAUAAACCUCUAGUUAUCCAUUGCAGAGAUGCAGACAAGGACCUGUUGGAAAUCAUGAAAAAGUAUGUGCCAAGGGACUAUAAAAUACACAGGAUACAGUGGUUGUGCUUAAAGAGCUCUGCUACCAGAGCAAUUAAAAACUUGAAAUUUCAUGAAAUCUUUAUUUUUCGUGAUGUACUGUCUGGAAACACUCAGAUAUGGAUCGAAAUGUUAAGUUAUGUAAAUGAUGAUACAUUAAAGUGCCAAGUGAUUGCUGAAUACAAGCGUGUUUUCGUAGAAACCUGGGCUUUUACUUUGAAAUCCUCUAAGUGA